CAACAAAACAACGUGUAGUCGCUUCGCGUUAAAAGUUACAAUAAAAUUUGAGUUAGUUUAUCUAUACAUACAAUUUUACAAUAUGAAGCGACUAUCCGAAGAGAAAACCAAAGUUUUGUUUGAAAAGCUAUCCAAAUACAUUGGUCCCAAUGUGAAGCUACUAAUCGACCGACCGGAUGGAACGUAUUGUUUUAGAGAAAUGAAUUCCCGUGUUUAUUAUAUGUCGGAGAAAAUACUGAAGCUUGCUGAAGGGCUUAAGAAAAAUGAACUUGUUUCCGUUGGUACAUGUUUCGGAAAAUUCACGAAGGGAAACAAAUUUAUCCUUCACAUAACCGCCUUGAAUUUCUUGGCUCCUUAUGCUCAGUAUAAAAUUUGGGUCAAACCGUCAACAGAACAGCAAUUCCUUUACGGCAACCACAUAACCAAGACCGGUUUGGGCAGGAUUACAGAGAAUACACCAAUGUACCAAGGCGCGAUUGUUAUGUCGAUGAACGAUACACCGUUGGGAUUCGGCGUGGCGGCCAAAUCGACGGCAGACUGUAAGCUGGCUGAUCCAUUGGUGACGGUAUGUUUCCAUCAGGCUGAUAUUGGAGAGUACAUUCGAUCCGAGGAUACACUAAUUUAGGUGAAGAUGAAUAAA